AUGGGUAACUGGAUCUUUAGAGAGGAGGAUCAUGGUAACGGUCCAAGGCAGGUAAACAAGGAGUGUCGAUCUGUUGAACCUACAAAAAGGGCUAAGGGAAAAGGAAAAGUUGUGUCUAAUCACUCUGGACACAAUUUAGAGAAAUUAUGUGGUAUUGUAGAUGAGAGAGUACCUAAAAAUCAGACAAUUGUAGCUCACGAAAUAUCCAAGGAAAAUGAGAAGGCUAAAAAUAGUGGAGGGGUUUGUAUGGAUGGAUUUGGAUUACAUAUGCAGCAAAAUGUUAUUCCAGUCAACACUAGUCUUGACCCAACAAAACAUCAAGCGGUUAUGAUUUUAGAUAGUCCAACUCAAGCAUCUUGUGGUCAUGAAAGACUGAAUGGAUUUGAUCCGGACGAUGAUCUGAUGUUGGAUGCCAAUCAAACUAGUCGCCGGCUGAAUCCAUCUCCAGAGGAUCCGUUAGCUAGAUGGCGAAGUGAUGGUGAUCCAUCUGUUGAUGAUGGAACCAUGGAUGAGGAAGCUUGUUUGGGAACUACUGUUCCGAGUAGCAUCUAA